AUGGGUUUAAUCUCCCGUAAAGCGUGUAUGUUUGUUUUGGUAUUUGCUUUGGUCACUCAUUUUACUGCUGGAGGUGGUGGUGAGUCUGGUGACAGCGGUUGGAUUCGAAGAGGAGUUGGAGGCAUUACUGGAGAAAUAGGCGGUGGAUUUGGUGAUGCUGGCCAAGCUGGAGGGGGAGGAGGAGGACUUAGCGGCAGUGUAGGAUUUGGUGAUGCUGGCCAAGCUGGAGGGGGGGCAGGAGGAUUUGGCGGCAGUGUAGCAUUUGGUGGUGGUCCCAGAGGUGUUGCUGGUGGAGAAGCAGGCGGUUCAGCUGGUGGAGAGGCAGGCGGUUCAGCUGGUGGAGAGGCAGGCGACGAUGGAGGUCGUGGAGGAUACGUGUGUCAUUUCUCUAUUUUACUUGCAAGUUGUAGUGCACCUCAGUGUGCAUAUACAAGACCAUAA